AUGAAGGCUAGUUUUAUUUCGUUGGGCCUCACCAGCCUUUCAUUUCUAUGCCCCUUGAUAGUAGCGGAUGAGCCCAUUCGUAUCGUUACAUUCUUCACCCGCAAGGAAGGUCUUACUGAGGCCGAGUUUCACGAUCAUUGGACCAAUGUCCAUGGCUCCUUAGUCGCUCCAUGGGCUUUGCAAUAUGGCGUCAACCGAUAUACCCAGUUUCACACGACGGAAGCAAACCGAACUGCUUUGAAACAAGCCCUAGGUCUCCCGGACAGCUUCUUGUUGAACUAUGACGGCGCCGCGGACUUCACAGUGUCAAGUAUCGAAGAAUUCCUCUCCGCUUAUAAGGACCCCUACUACGAAAAGGUUAUUAGGCCCGACGAGGAGUCAUUAUUCGUACACAGUGGAAAUGCUAUGGUUAUCAGAGGGUCUCUCGGGUGGACUAGAGAUAUCGUCAAGGAUGCAGAGCCUUCGAUCGAUACUACGGCUGGCUGUCAGAAGUGGCUAGAAGUGAAUGGCAAUAUCGGAAAGGGAUGCUAA